AUGGGCAAGCAAAACGACGGCAUUACUCCCGUCUCUGACGAAUUCAAGCUCGUCGGCUUCUCCAACUUCGUCCGGUCCAACCCUCGGUCCGACCGCUUCCCUGUCCGCUGCUUCCAUCACGUCGAGUUCUGGUGCACCGACGCCACCAACGCCUCCCACCGCUUCUCCUGGGGCCUUGGCAUGCCCAUUGUCGCCAAGUCUGACCUCUCCACCGGCAAUGCCACCCAUGCCUCCUAUCUUUGCCGCUCCGGUGACCUCUGCUUCCUCUUCACCGCCCCCUACUCCCCCUCCAUCGCCACCUCCGAAGGCCUUAACCCCUCCUCCACCGCUUCCCUUCCCUCCUUCUCCUACUCUGCCUGUGUUGCCUUUGCUGUCAAGCACGGCCUCGCCGUCCGGGCCAUUGCCAUCGAGGUCGAGGAUGCUGAUGCUGCCUUCCAUAUUAGCGUCGCCCAAGGUGCCAGGCCAGUCUCCUCACCAGUCGUCCUCGAUGGCACCGCCACCAUUGCCGAGGUCCACCUCUAUGGCGACGUCGUCCUCCGCUACGUCAGCUACAAAACCCCGACCUCCGAUCACGACAACUCCUCCCCAGACUCGUGGUUUCUGCCUCGGUUCAAGCCGACAGACGAGGUCUCCUCCUUCCCUCUAGACUUCGGAAUCCGGAGGCUCGACCAUGCCCCUGGGAACGUCCCCGAGCUCGGCCCGGCAGUCUCAUAUGUGAAGCGAUUCACUGGCUUCCAUGAGUUAGCUGAGUUCACCAAGGAUGAAGUCGGGACUGAUGAGAGCGGGCUCAACUCGGUCAUGCUGGCAAACAACAACGAGAUGGUCAUCCUGCCGAUGAGUGAGCCAGUGUUUGGGACGAAGAGGAGGAGCCAAAUCCAGACAUUCCUGGACCACAACGAGGGCCCAGGGGUGCAACAUCUGGCACUGAUGAGCGAGGACAUCUUCAGGACGCUAAGGGAGAUGAGGAAGCGGAGCACCGUCGGCGGGUUCGAGUUCAUGCCGCCACCACCGCCCACAUAUUACCGGAACCUGAAAGGCCGAGUAGGGGACGUGUUGACGGACGAGCAGAUCGAGGAGUGCGAGGAGCUGGGGAUUAUGGUGGACAGGGACGACGAGGGGACACUGCUCCAGAUCUUCACUAAGCCUGUGGGCGAUAGGCCAACCCUAUUCUUAGAGAUCAUACAGAGACUGGGGUGCAUGCUCAAGGACGAUCACAGAAAACUGUAUCAGAAGGGGGGCUGCGGAGGGUUCGGUAAGGGCAACCUCUCGGAGCUCUUCAAGUCGGUUGAGGAGUACGAGAAGACACUCGAAGGCCGACGAGUUGCCGGCCUGGCCUCCGCCUGA